AUGUUCACGAGAACCGGUAGGGGGCUAUUGAGGACGUUAUCGACCGCCAACCGCGUCGUCGCGCGUGAAAACGGCGAUAAACUGAGUGCGAUUCGAACUUUUCGAUCAAGUGAAAUCUCAAAGAUUCGUGCUUUAACCCCGGUUAGUCGCGCGUACGCGAGCGUCGAGGCACCGGAGCGGACGCACGGGAACCUGAGUGAUGCCGAUCGCAUCUUCACGAACCUGUACGGGCGACACGAUCCGUUUUUGAAAGGUGCGAUGGCGCGCGGGGAUUGGUACGAGACGAAGAAACUCGUCGAGCUGGGCGCCGAUUGGAUCGUGAAUGAGAUGAAGGCGUCGGGUUUACGUGGUAGAGGUGGCGCCGGUUUCCCGUCAGGAUUGAAAUGGUCGUUCAUGCCGAAGGUGAGCGACGGAAGGCCGAGUUAUCUGGUUGUGAACGCGGAUGAGAGCGAGCCGGGGACGUGCAAGGAUCGAGAAAUCAUGAGACACGACCCGCACAAGUUGCUGGAGGGUUGCCUGAUCGCGGGCACGGCGAUGCGGGCGCGAGCGGCGUACAUCUAUAUUCGUGGUGAGUACGUGAAUGAGCGUCUGGCGCUGGAGCGGGCGUUGGCAGAGGCGUACGCUGCGGGUUUUUUGGGUAAGGAUGCGUGUGGCACUGGAUUAGACUUUGACGUCAACAUUCACUACGGCGCGGGGGCGUACAUUUGCGGCGAAGAGACGGCUCUUAUCGAGUCGCUCGAGGGUAAGCAAGGAAAGCCGAGAUUGAAGCCGCCAUUCCCCGCGAACGUCGGUCUGUACGGAUGCCCGACAACAGUGACCAACGUGGAGACAGUGGCUGUGGCGCCGACGAUUUUGCGCCGUGGACCCGAAUGGUUCGCCUCGUUCGGUCGUAAGAACAACGCUGGGACGAAGCUUUUCUGUAUUUCCGGUCACGUCAACAACCCGUGUACGGUGGAGGAGGAGAUGUCAAUUCCGCUGAAGGACCUCAUCGAAAAGCACUGCGGUGGCGUGCGAGGCGGUUGGGAUAACCUCUUAGCCGUUAUCCCGGGCGGUUCCUCGGUGCCAAUGAUCACUAAGGAUGUGUGCGAUGACGUUUUGAUGGAUUUCGACGCCCUUAAGGGCGUGGGAAGCGGUCUUGGAACCGCAGCCGUGAUCGUCAUGGACAAGUCCACCGACGUCGUCGAUGCCAUCGCACGUCUGAGCUACUUUUACAAGCACGAGUCGUGCGGACAGUGCACGCCCUGCCGCGAGGGCACGUCAUGGAUCUACAACAUUAUGAAGCGUCUUGUCAAGGGCGAUGCGCGUCUCGAGGAGGUGGAGAUGCUGCAGGAGAUCACCAAGCAAAUCGAGGGUCACACCAUUUGCGCUCUGGGCGACGCCGCGGCGUGGCCUGUGCAAGGUCUCUUGAAGAACUUUUCUCCGCUCAUCAGAGAACGAAUCACAGCCUCAUCUGACGCGAAGAAGAUUGCCGCUUAA